GAUUGUGUAUGUGUGUGUUUAAUAAUUUUAUUGUGAGUUGUGACUUUUGUGCAAUUAUUUUUUUCUUACAUAACUAUAAGUCUACUAAUUAUGAAUUUAAGUUGUAUUUUAUAGUUAGACUAUUCAAAUGCGAUCCCUGGAUUGAAGAGCAUUGUCGAUUACGUUAUUCGAUCUCAUUGAUACCAUUAUUAUCACUGUAUAACUAAAUAUUUAUGUCGUAUAGAAAUGUAUAUUUAAUAAUUAAAAAGCAGUUGUAAAAUUAAAUAUCUUUGUGUUCUUAAAUUCUUAAGAAUAUUAGUGAUCUAGUAUUAUGGGACGCAAAAAGAAGAAGCAGUCCAAGCCAUGGUGCUGGUAUUGUAAUAGAGAAUUUGAUGAUGAGAAAAUCUUAAUACAACAUCAAAAAGCAAAACAUUUUAAGUGUCAUAUUUGUCAUAAGAAAUUGUAUACGGGACCAGGAUUAUCAAUUCAUUGUAUGCAGGUUCAUAAAGAAACAAUAGAUAAAGUACCAAAUGCAAUAUCACAACGGUCUAAUAUUGAAAUAGAAAUAUAUGGAAUGGAAGGUAUACCUGAGGAUGACAUGAAGGAACAUGAAAGACAAAAAUCUGGUGGUAAAGGUACACGAUCAGAUAGUGAUGAUGAUAGUGGUCCACCAACAAAGAAAAAACCUGAAUAUUCAAAUUCUGCUGGUCCAUCUGUAAUGCCUCCUUUUAAUCCUAUGAUGAAUCAUUUACAACCGAUGGCUCCACCUUAUAUGACACCAGGGAUGUCAAUGAUGGGUCCAUCAGUAUCUGCUGGACCUAUGCCUUCAAAUCAACCUGGUAGUAUAGCAAACAAACCUUUGUUUCCCAGUGCAGCUGCAAUUGUUAACAAUUCAUCAGAUAACCGAACAAGUAGUACUAUGCUAUCAGGCGGCCAAGUUGGAAGUUUAAAUAAAACUUCAUUUCCUGCUUAUUCAGGAAAUGAUAAUGACUCAAAAUCAAAAUUACUUAUUAGUUCUACUGGUUCAUCAAGUAAAAUUAUUCAUCCAGCAGAAGAUAUUUCUUUAGAAGAGCAUAAAGCUCGUUUCCCUAAAUAUGUCUCUCGUAUAGACAUUCAAUCUACUCUACCUAGCAGCAUUACAGAGCAACAUAAACUUGGUCCACCCCUUAUGUCUCCUCAUGGACAAGCAUCUCCUCAAACUCAGCAAUUGCAACAACAACAGCAUCAUCAGCAGCAUCAACAGCAGCAACAACAACAACAGCAACAACACCAUCAACAAGCUAUUCAAAAUGAGAUGGAAAGACAAGUUGCAGCUAUGGCAGCAGUUAUGCAGCAACAACAACAGCAACAACAAAGGUUUUCUGCGCCUGUUAUAUCAAUGCCAAAUAUGAUGCCUCAACCACCAACUGUAUUUAUGGCUCAACAAAUGCCUGCACUUUUACGACCUUCAUUGGGAGGUAUGCCACCUCAUCCUAUGAACAUGCUUAGACCUCAAAUGCCAAUACAUCCAGGACUGAUGGUAAAUCCUCCAAUGGUUAAUCCUUAUGCACCUGGUGGACCUAUGGGCUUUCCAGGAGCUCAAAUGUUAGCACCAAUGAUGCAUCCACGCUUCAGAUGAUCAG